CUGUAAUUAGUUUAUGAAACAAUAAUGUGCCUUAUUUACAGUGGAGGUACCAUUACAGAUUUAUUUGUCGAGAGUGGAGUAGGGCCACAUCCAGCCAAGGUGAAGGGGUUGUGACGGUGGGGUGGAGGUGAGGGUGGGGGUGAGUAACGUCCAGACGCCCCGGCUCCGCCCCACGACAUUGCCGUCACCGCCCCCGCGACGCUCAGUGUCCGUGUUCUGUGCGAGGCGGCAUGCUCGCCACUGACAUCCACCUCCCUCAGCAUAGGAGACCUGUGGGCGCCGACUACAUUCAGCUGUCUGCGACGUCACCUGUCGCCAAGCAAGACUUUCUCUCCUUCCCGCCUGAUAAGAGUCCGAACUGUUCAGGGGAAAAUAGUGUAUACGACUUACGGCAACCUCCACAGGAAGCAUGGCUUCAAGAAGGUAGCAGCUGUGAGACCGAUGACAGCGAACAAUACGUCCCUGAGUUCCAGCAACUGUCUUCUUCUACAGGGUUGAGCGGCUGCACUGUCAAGUCUGAGUCACGACCAGAAUGUUGUGUACAUCUCGGCACAUACUUGCCUUCACAGUACAGCUCUCAAUACUCUUCUCCCUUCCCUCACUGCAGGUUUUCGCCCACGGAAGGCAGAUGUCCGCCUGAACCCGCGGCCGGUGUCACGCACAGAAGUCUCUUCAACCUGCCUUCGCACAAUAACUUCAGAGGGGUGAGCCAGUACAGUCAGGUGUCGGUGAAAAAGGAGCCUUCAGACCUACCACUGACGCCUACAUCCUGUUACGAUGGUUACCAGCAUCAGCCGCCAAGUUUAUAUUUGCAACCGCCUAGAGAAAAGCCAGGGUUUGAAGAGUACAAGCGGGAAUGUAGUGGCAGCCCUGCGACUGGUUGGAGUGAUGUCGUCAUCAACCACCGACAGCAGCGCGGCUCUCUUCAGCUGUGGCAGUUUCUGGUAGCUCUACUGGACGACCCUAGUAACGCUUCCUGUAUCGUUUGGACCGGUAGAGGAAUGGAGUUCAAACUGGUUGAGCCAGAGGAGGUGGCAAGGAGGUGGGGCGUGCAGAAGAACCGGCCGGCCAUGAACUACGACAAGCUCAGUCGAUCGCUGAGGUACUACUACGAGAAAGGCAUCAUGCAGAAAGUGGCUGGGGAGCGCUACGUGUACAAGUUCGUUUGUGAUCCCGAGGCACUGUUCAACAUGGCGUAUGGCGAGUACUCCCAGGCGAACCGCGCUAAGGCGUCAGACACUAAUCAGGAGGUCACAUCCAGAACGUCGUACUCAGACAUGUUCGCGAUCUACGGGGCGUCCAGCGGCUACGCCCACCUGCAGCAAUACCUCGGGUCCUCCGAGGGCUCACAGAGUCAGCACUACAAGCCCUCUCCGUUCCGGCUGGGCGGGCACCAACAGUUCUCCGAGCAGAGCACGAGCCACCUCCAGAUGCUGCAGACGUUCACUGCUAACUGCACGUCCCAGGAGAGCCCGGAGCCUCAGUCGUGCCAGCAGAAGAGGGGCUACGAGUCACCCCCUCAGGACGACCAGAGGUACAGGAACCGUAGUUACCUGCCGGAGCACGGCUCCAGACCGAGAUCAGUGAAGCAGUGCGAUGUGUCCCCGCUAGACGGCAGUUUCAAGCACUCUCUCACCUCCGAGCCUUCCCUGCUGGAGGGAACGGCCAAGCUUGACUCCACCUAUCAAUGCCUCAGCGUCGGCAGUUGUGUCUGUUAAAUGGCCCCCGAGUUUGUGUACAUUCCUCUCAUACAUGUUUAUAUCUCUCGAUUGUAAAGUGUAAUUAUAUUAUGAUUAAGUAAAUGUUUUCUCUGGUUUAUGCAUCAA